AUGGGGAAGAGUCGCGAAUAUACGGCAGCAGUUUGUCGCAAUGGAGUCACACUGGGAAACGUGGUAGACGCAUUUCUAUCAGAUGCUGUCGCCAAAAUUCCGUUUCGAAAAGUUGGAGAGCUGGCAAAAGCAAUAACUUUGUGGGAUUCCGAUGAAAAAUUGGAUAUAAAAGAAACAAUUUUGCGGAAGGACCCGUACAACAUGCCUGCUGUGGCAGAGAAGAAGAGUGGGUACCGAGGUAUAUUCGCGCAGUGUAAUCGGUUUGUUGAAGCAACCGAGAAAGUUCGAGCAGAAGUAAAUCGAUCCAGAGGCGCGACAAAAGCAAGAGUGGCAAUAUUUGGAGGAGCACAAGCGUGCACACUGAGCAGAGUGCUGGUGGAAAGCGAGCAUGUAGCUGUAAAAGCAGCAGGGAAGCAACUACAGUUUAGCAACUGGAGCGAACUGAAAAGUAGCCGUUGGGAAAUGGGCCCGUUCACUGGAACUGGAAUUUUUCUUUUGGAUGUGGACACAAAGGAGCAAGAUGUUGAUGGGGAAGUAACGGCGCUACAGAAACUCCCCGAUGUGCGGGCAGUGAUUAUGGCACCACAUCGUAAAGGGCCACGAACAAACACUGCAAAAAAUGGAAGAAUGGUUUAUGGUAACGAGGGGGAAGUAUACGGACCAUUCUUGGAUCUUUGCGGAUUCGCACUGAUCUGGCAACCCAGGAAUCAGACGCAGCAGUACCAGAGAGUGAGUCAAGACUUCGGACGAUGCAGAGGAAACGAGGACUGGAUGCCGUGGCUAAAACAACGCAACAGUGAAUUCAUCCGUAUCGUGCAGAGAACCGCAGAGCUCGGGAUCCGAGCUUCAACAGGAGGCGGCAUGUACAGCGAGCAAAAGAUGGCGUGCAGGAGAGGCAAAGAGCAAUCUAGAAUCGUGCAGCAGAUUGACCUGUGA